UGGAGCAGAAUAUCCGUGGUCCCUGAUGAUCACCUCUUAGGGCAGAUAAACCUUAUGUCGUGAUUGACUUCAAUAAUACUGUCCAAUACUUGAUAUUUCUGGUCGAUGUCACAAUUCCUGGGGUUCUCGACUUAUGCUGUUAUGUACAUAUACUAGAUCCUAGAUUCAGCUCUGUAAAUCUUCUGACCGAUCAUGUCUAAGUGCGGAUCAGGAUGAUCUUUCCGACAUAGGCCUAAGUAGCCUAAAGCGGCUUGACUGGUGAUUAUACGACUCUAAACUACGCGUUGUCAUUGUCGUCAUGACUCAAUUGUCUAUGCUGUAUAGAAGUGGUAAUCAACUGGAGUAUAAGCGUCAGCGGCUUGGCAUGUCAUAGAGGAUAUAGGAAGUAAGCCUAAGUAAGAGUUGAAGAAACGUGUAUAAAGAGGAGUAGGAUUCCUUUCCAUUCGGUCUUGCAUUAACAGAGCAGUAACAGCACACUUGACCCAACAGCCAGCCUUAACCGUAUCAAUAUUUAACGCGUUACCCAUCUACAAUUAUCCAUUAUGCCCACUGAAGCGCAAAUUGCCGGCGGUCACAAGGCCAACUUAAACAACCCUAACACUAGCCAAGAUGCUAAGGAACAUUCCAAGCAAGUUCUCGACGAUGAGUUUAACGGUGGGAACGUGCCGAAGUCUGGGAAUGGCGGUGAUGAUGGUAACAAGAACCCUGGGAAUGUUGCCGGUGGUUUAAAGGCGGCAAUCAACAAUCCAAAGGUCUCCGAGGAUGCUAAGCAAAGCGCAAAGAACCGCCUCAAUGAUAUGUAAGGGAUAUAAGGGGUAAUGUGGUUAUUCUGACAAUCGAGGAAUACUAUGAGUGUGUUAGUCUUAGCAAUCCGAAUUGAAAGAUUGGUAUAAUUUCGAAUUGUGUCAACGCAUAUUAUUGUGGUAAACAUUUGAAGAAUGCGUACCAUGGCAUUCGAAUACAUUAACUCGUGCAUUAAAUUUUCAACUUCGAAGUCCACAUGUGGUGUAUGUCUUCUGAAGGUUCAAAUUGCAGACAACCCUUUCAUUAAUGUUACUUCUUUGAGUCUGAUUGGCUUAACUCAGCCCACAGCAUUCCA